CGGAAAUAACAGUAUUAACGAAGAUCCACAAUCAAAUUAGGUUUGCCUUUCCUCAAAGCCAUUUCAGGGCAAAACUCCCAAGACACAUGCAGAACCCAGUGACAAAAUAGAACUGCCAUUUUGAGUAUCACCACUCGGCUCCAGGCUUAAACAAGUGAUCUACUUUCACAGCAACUACUGUGUGUAUGAAGUCAUGCUGUGUCACUCAAACUGCUUUUCAAGCCAAAAAGAAAGCCAAUAAAGCAACCCAUUGCAUGUGCAUGAGCUCAGACGAGCCCUGGCACCAGUGUUAACCGAACCCUUCAAGAAUGAACCGGUUAUUCAGCAGAGGUUCGACUGCGUGGCAGACUUCAGCAUUUUUUUUCAGUGUUAUCUUAAGACUUUUUAGGGUUUUUUUCAGUGUCUUCUUGAAACAUUUAAGUGUUUUUUUUUCAGUAUGUUCUUGAGCUUUUCUUUCCUUACUCCUUCCCAUGGGAGCCGCUGAGGAAACUCAACAUCGCCCUCCAGAGGACGGCUCCCGCCCUGCUGUGGACUCUCACACGUGGACAUGCACUGGGAGAGUCCCCCCUCAUCACACGCCCAGCGGCACACACCUGGGAGAGGAAAGAGCCGAACAGCAGGCGGAGCCGAGGAUCCCCACGGGCGGCCCAGCGGCUGGCGAGCACGUGCCCGGUUCUGCAAGCGGAACUCCCCUCACCUGCGCCGUCCCCGCCAACAAUCGGGAACAACUUUGGAAUAACAAGCAGCGAGUGACAAAUGCAAGAAGCCUACCAUCUCUCACCCCGGUGGUACCUACACCCCCUCUCCCUUCUGUUCAAGCACGAGAUGCGCAGCAUCCUUUUGCCAACCGAAAAGCUCAGCCAACAACCCUUAAGAGCUUCAAGGCGAGAUUCCGGCCUUCCAGGUGGUCAGAGACGCCCGAGGACAGGCAGAGGAAGACUGAAAGGAGAGGCCAGAACGGAGAGAAAGUGGGACAGACCCCAGCGCGUAGACCUCCCCUGCUCCUGUUAGACGAUAAGGGGGUCACCCACAGCUUCCAGUGCUGGAUCAGGAGGCCCAGAGCCACCUGGCCCACAUACACAGGCCCCUCUGCUCCAGUCCCCCCCUCCUUCGCCCACGGUGGACAAGGACAGUGAGCUGUGGAGGAACGGGAAAGCUUUCAGAUACGAAUCCCUCUCCAUCGCAAUCCAGAGUGAUUCAGUAGGACAACGGAGAUUUGGAUCUGAGAGAGAGCCUGUAUUUGGACAGCUGCGAUAAAACACAUGUAAGUUGUUCUUAAAGUGUACAUUCCAUCCAGAUGUGUACAGUGAGAAAAGUGUGGGAGGAGGCAGGGUUAUCGCAGAGAAACCCAGAGAAUGAGGAUGCUGCCCGGGAGAACAAAAAUACACACAUCCUAAACAAGAGAUCAUCAUUUUAAUACCAGACAAGAAUUCAUUUGUUUCUAACGUAGGUUUGUGAUCAACGCUGCUGCCUUAUGAUGUUAUAAUGAGGUUUUGGUGAUAAAAAACGAGAAAUGUGAAGAUAGCAGUGGUUUUUUUGGGGGGGUUUUUUUAAUCAUAUUGGCACAACAGUGUUGCUGCUUGGCAGUGUUGACCACAAUCAAUCAUAAACAGAACGAGAGACAUGGAGCAUAGCAGCUCAACAGCGCCACUUACAAGUGUGUUUAGGUAUUACAGAUAUUACAGAUUUUGCAGGACAGGUGACAGUAUUGUUACCUUCCCUGAAUAACCUGCAUUGUACUUUCUGAUGAAUAUUUCAGUAUAUUUUCUUAUAUUCUAAUACAGUAUUAUAUGAUACACAAUAGUAGAAUUCAGUUCUCUGCAUCGUAAAACUGGACACAAGGAGGUGCAGGAACAGAGAUAUGCGGUGUAGUGGUGUA